AUGCCGCCGCUCGCGGUGGCCUAUACUGCCGCUCUGCCGCCGGGGUCUCGGCGGCCGAGGUGGCUGUGGUCGCGCCGAUGGGGCGCUGCCGGCCGAGGCCGCCGCCGAGGUCGCCGCCGUGGCCGAGGCCGCCGUGGUGCUCUCGAUGGAUGUAGGUCCUUACAGGCUGCCGGGGUGGCGCCGGAGGUGCCGCUGGUGCUGCUGGGCUCUAGCAAGUGGGUGGCUCCUAUACCUCUCGUGGUCGUCGCCGCCGCUGAGCUACCGAGGGGAAAAGAAGAAGUUGAAAGUUCCGAUAGUUUUAAUCAUUUCUUGGAAUAUUCAAUCAUAAUUAUAUAUAUAUAUAUAUAUAUAUAUAUAUAUAAUAAACAUCUAAAACAUAUAUUCUUUGGUUUGAUUGAUUUCCAUGGUCUUGUACUGACCACUAUUACCGAUAAUGCUGACAAAGCCGAUGCAAUAGUUGUUAAAAAGGACAGCAGCAGUGAUGAAGAUGAGGAUGACAGCUCUGAUGACGAGGCUGUAAAGAAACAACAGAAAAAGUCAACUGUAGCUACAGAGAAAAGUAGCAGUUCAGAUGAGGAGUCUGAGGAAAGUGAGGAGGAAGAGUCUGCCAAGACUCCUAAGAAAAAGGAUGGUGAUGUCAAAAUGGCAGAUGCCACAACAGCAAAGACCGAAAAGAAGGCACCUAAAACACCUGCAACUCCCUGUGCCCAGCCUUCUGGAUCAAAAACCCUAUUUGUUGGCAACCUAUCCUAUUCUGUUGAAAGAUCCAAUGCAGAGGAAUUCUUCAAAGGUGCUAGUGAAGUCAUUGACGUCCGAUUUGCAUCAAGUGAAGAGGGUGCCUUCAAGGGAUUCGGCCAUGUUGAGUUUGCCACUGAGGCAGCAGCUCACAAGGAAGGCUUUUUUGCUUUCUGA